UUCCCGUGGUGUCUUCUAGCCAAAGGAGGAGAGAAGGGCGAUUGGGCUGUGGUGCUGGUUCAAGGAAUGAAGGAGGACUGCUGCGUCUGAGGACCUCCAACCAGCCUGUUUCAGCCACCUCGUCGUCCUGGCCUUGGAACCGUUGGAAAACCAAUUCGACUGCUAGCCAAUCAUUUUCAGGUUCAGAUUCCUAAAAUAGAUGUAUAUCAUUAUGAUGUGGAUAUUAAACCUGAAAAACGGCCUCGUAGAGUCAACAGGGAGGUAGUAGAUACAAUGGUGCGACACUUCAAGAUGCAAAUAUUCGGUGAUCGACAGCCUGGCUAUGAUGGCAAAAGAAACAUGUACACAGCACACCCACUGCCAAUUGGACGGGAUCGGGUUGAUAUGGAGGUGACCCUUCCAGGAGAGGGUAAAGACCAAACCUUUAAAGUGUCUGUUCAGUGGGUAUCCGUUGUGAGCCUUCAGUUGCUUUUGGAAGCUUUGGCUGGGCACCUGAAUGAAGUUCCAGAUGAUUCAGUACAAGCACUUGAUGUUAUCACAAGACACCUUCCCUCCAUGAGGUACACUCCAGUGGGCCGUUCCUUUUUUUCACCCCCUGAAGGUUACUACCACCCUCUGGGAGGGGGCAGGGAGGUUUGGUUUGGCUUUCAUCAGUCUGUGAGACCAGCUAUGUGGAAUAUGAUGCUCAAUAUUGAUGUUUCUGCAACUGCUUUCUACCGGGCUCAGCCUAUCAUUGAGUUCAUGUGUGAGGUUUUAGACAUUCAGAAUAUCAAUGAACAGACCAAACCUCUAACAGACUCCCAACGUGUCAAGUUUACCAAAGAAAUCAGAGGUCUCAAAGUUGAGGUGACCCACUGUGGACAAAUGAAACGAAAAUACCGAGUUUGUAAUGUGACUAGACGGCCAGCCAGUCAUCAAACUUUCCCUUUACAGUUAGAAAAUGGUCAAGCUAUGGAAUGUACAGUAGCUCAAUAUUUUAAGCAAAAGUACAGUCUACAGCUGAAAUACCCCCACCUCCCCUGUCUCCAAGUGGGUCAAGAACAAAAGCAUACAUACUUGCCACUUGAGGUCUGUAAUAUAGUGGCAGGACAGCGAUGUAUAAAGAAGCUCACAGACAAUCAGACUUCUACGAUGAUCAAAGCCACAGCAAGAUCUGCUCCUGACAGACAGGAAGAGAUCAGUAGACUGGUGAAGAGCAACAGCAUGGUGGGUGGACCUGAUCCAUACCUAAAAGAAUUUGGUAUUGUUGUCCACAAUGAAAUGACAGAGCUCACAGGCAGGGUACUUCCAGCACCAAUGCUGCAAUAUGGAGGCCGGAAUAAAACAGUUGCCACACCCAACCAGGGUGUCUGGGACAUGCGAGGAAAGCAGUUUUAUGCUGGCAUUGAAAUUAAAGUUUGGGCAGUUGCUUGUUUUGCGCCUCAGAAACAAUGCAGGGAAGAUUUACUAAAGAGUUUCACUGACCAGCUACGUAAAAUCUCUAAGGAUGCAGGAAUGCCCAUCCAGGGUCAGCCAUGUUUCUGCAAGUAUGCACAAGGUGCCGACAGUGUGGAGCCCAUGUUUAAACAUCUGAAAAUGACAUAUGUGGGCCUACAGCUAAUAGUGGUUAUCUUGCCUGGAAAGACACCAGUAUAUGCGGAGGUGAAACGUGUUGGAGAUACCCUUCUAGGUAUGGCCACACAAUGUGUCCAGGUGAAAAAUGUAGUGAAGACCUCACCUCAAACCCUUUCCAACCUUUGCCUGAAGAUAAAUGCAAAACUUGGAGGAAUUAACAAUGUGCUUGUACCUCAUCAAAGGCCUUCAGUGUUCCAGCAGCCUGUCAUCUUCCUGGGUGCUGAUGUCACACACCCCCCUGCAGGGGAUGGGAAGAAGCCAUCCAUUGCUGCUGUGGUCGGCAGUAUGGAUGGCCACCCCAGCCGGUACUGUGCCACUGUUCGGGUGCAGACUUCCCGGCAGGAAAUCUCCCAAGAGCUCCUCUACAGUCAGGAGGUCAUCCAGGACCUCACUAACAUGGUUCGAGAGCUGCUGAUCCAGUUCUACAAGUCCACACGCUUCAAACCCACUCGGAUCAUCUAUUACCGUGGAGGGGUAUCUGAGGGACAAAUGAAACAGGUAGCUUGGCCGGAACUAAUAGCAAUCCGAAAGGCAUGUAUUAGCUUGGAAGAAGAUUACCGGCCAGGAAUAACAUAUAUUGUGGUACAGAAAAGACACCACACACGACUCUUCUGUGCAGAUAAAACAGAAAGGGUGGGGAAAAGUGGCAAUGUACCAGCAGGCACUACAGUGGAUAGUACCAUCACACAUCCGUCUGAGUUUGAUUUUUACCUCUGUAGUCAUGCAGGAAUUCAGGGAACCAGCCGUCCUUCACAUUACCAGGUCUUGUGGGAUGAUAACUGCUUCACUGCAGAUGAGCUCCAGCUACUGACUUACCAGCUGUGUCACACCUAUGUGAGGUGCACACGCUCAGUCUCUAUUCCAGCCCCUGCAUAUUAUGCCCGACUUGUAGCAUUUAGGGCAAGGUAUCAUCUGGUGGAUAAAGAUCAUGACAGUGCGGAAGGCAGUCAUGUGUCAGGACAGAGCAACGGCCGGGAUCCUCAGGCCUUGGCUAAGGCUGUGCAGAUCCACCAUGAUACCCAGCACACUAUGUAUUUUGCCUGAGAGUCUCAAAAAAAGAACUCAACCAUUUGGCACCCCAUGCAGCCUCAAAAUGUCUCAAAUACCUACCGCCUCUAGAUAGAGCCAAGUUGACUUCAGGUGGUCUUCUACCAGCAGCUCGGAAUAGUUGCACUGAAUCUAUACUUUGCAGCACUGUCUGAUGCAUCAACAAAAUUGAGCCAUUUUUUUUUAAGUAAUAGAUACUCGUAGAUUAUCUUUUCUGAUGCACUGGACUGAAUUUUUACCUCAAUGUGCAAAGGCUAUCAGCCUGAACUUUCUAACGGACUUCACAAGAAAGGUUUCUAUGGAAUAUUUUGCUAGCUGUGGUGUUCACCGCAUCCCUCUAGUCUUAUAAGAGAAGAGUAUUCCUUUUUUCUGUAUCCAUUGAGUGGGGUGUAUGCAUAAGUGGGAGAGAAAAACCAAACAAUCUACUUCAGUUCAGUGUAACUAUUUAAUUGUGUGGGUCCAUAGACUUUUUAAUGAAGAUUUCUGACUUCGCCACUGUAAAUGCCUUUAAUGAGCAUUAAUUUUUGAAAGUUUUACAGAGUUUUAUUAGUUUUACUACUUUAUCUUACUGAUCUCUGCAGGCUGUGCUGGUGCAAGUACAGGCUGCCAGGCAAUUGCACUAUAUUUGGCUGCAGAUUCAAAUAGGCAGUUCUCUUAUUUGGUUGACUUUUGUGAAUGUGUGACAUAAACAGAUGUAAUGCAUGUCACAGUGACAGAUAACACUGCCAUGGUAAACGUACUCAUGUUUCCCCCAUUUGGAAAAAAAAAUAGUAGCUUUUAGUAUUUUUCCAAGUUUUCAAAAGUGCCCAUUUUAUGCUGCUGUGUGGUUUGUUAGAUCUAAAUGAUUUUUAAACUUUUCUCAUAGAAAGUUAACUUUGGCAAUAAACAUUUUUUAAGGUCCCUCCUCUUCCUUCCCCAACAAUGUAGUUUUUUAGAUGAGAUUUCAAUAUGGUUUUCUCAACUGUUUCUUAUAUAUCAUAAUCUGGCAAUUUCUGAAACUGGUCAGAAAAGACAUAUAUGUCCAUGACUUUUUAAAUAAUUAUUUUACCUAUUUUAUAGUCACUAUUGGUGUCCUGUCACUUUGUUUUAAAAUAAGCUAGAACCAGGAUGCUUCCUUACUGGAAAGGCUUUGCCAGUCCUUAAGGUACAUUGAGUGAUGCUGCAACUUGCAAAGAUGUACCAGCAUUAAAAGAUUUUUUUUCCCUUGGAAUCAAGGUUACUCACACAAUUACUUGCAGUGCAAAUGUUUUGCUUCUCUUUCAACCUGAAAUACUUGGUGGGUUUUCCUUCUUUUUAUUAACUAAAACUGUGUAGAAGAAAUUGCUUUUUCUUAAUAGAUUCUGGAUUCCGCUCACAGGGAGAUGAGAUUCCUUUCUUGUCUAAACAAAAGGAAGUUGAUCUAAAGCAAGCAUCAGUUAAAAUGUAGGGAAAAACAUAUUCUGUAUGUAGUGUAGAUAAUACUUUGUGAAUGGACAACAGUUACAUAGAGUCUUGGUAGUUCCAGCCAGUGUUUCCCAGCCCAGAUUUUACUGACUUGUAAUUCUCCACCCUGGACAUCAGGAGUGAGAGAUGGAAAAGGAGAUAAAAGGCCUGGAGCCAUACUCCAUAUGGCUGAGGAAAGUGCUGGGGACAGAGACAGACACAAUGUGUUAGAAACUAUUUUGCCGCCUCUGUCUGGAAACUGCUGGUGGGAAAAUGAUGGCGAAGGGUGUUUGCUUGAACUCAUUAGCUGGUCCAAAUCUCAUAAACUAGCCUUCUCAAAAUCCCAGCAAUAUAAAGCACUGUUUUUCUUCAGUCGUUUAAACAAACUUGUAAAUACAUUGAAGUUUACAUUUCCAUGUGCUGUUGAUCAGCGGCGCCACCAAUGUUUGCUGAGACUGGUCUCCGAGAGAGUUUUAUAAUGUCUAUUGAGUGCUAUAGCUCAUUAAGAUGAGUGCAGACAUCCUCCAUCUCUGCAGAUAGUGCGAUGAAAACAAGUUCUGUGACUGAAGCACAACAUAGGCAGGAGUGAAGAGAUGGCAGAUGUUCAUUUCUUAAGAUUUUCCUUUUUUGCAAAUACCUCACUUGGAUAAUACAAAUCAGGACAUGUUGGUGAGGGGCUGGCUGCUGCUUUUAUUCACACUUGUUCAGGGAGAGCACAGAAAAUACCCUUCAGCAUGGCCACUCUGGACCCAAGAAGAGGAAAACUGGAAGCUUUUUUUAGGAGAAGGAGGACUCGCUGGAGUCUAAGAUAUGAAGAACUCUUGGUGGCUGGCUGGCUGGCCAGCGGGCACCACACCUGCACUUGAGUGCCUCAGGCUUGCUCAUUAAUAACGCACAGAAGAAGCAUCACUUCUCACCAUCUCCUGGCAUGUAUGGAGCAGGGAACAAGGCGGAGUACCAGGAAGCCCUGAUUCGCUUGCCUGUAGUUGGGCUUUAUGCUCAACCUUGAACUAUACAGUUUGUGAGACCUCAGUCAGUCCUAGUACACUGGGGCAAAUCAGUGUGGUGGUGGAGGAAAAGCCGGGAGGCCUAUUUUUAUAGGAAAACAGUACCAUUAAAGGUGCAAUGCUGUUGUUUUGAAUGAAAGGAAAGAAACAUGGAAGAACUAGGAGUAUUGGGAAAAACUUGCUGAGGGGUGAAUCUUUAAGAGAUAACCACUGCAGAAUCAGAGUUGCAGCAACAUUAUUGCAAGCAAGUCUGAAUGCAUAGUUUUACUUUAAUUCGGUUUGACAAUUUGAAUAGGUAACCCCUUUGGGACUGACUGAAUCAUUAUGCAUGUGUCAAUCAAUGGGAGGUGUGCAUUCUCUAGAAGUAGUUUUAGGCUUUUUUAUUUUUAUUUUUUAAAUGCAGCCUGUUUAGGCACUGUCAUGUGGUGUGAAAGAUUUAAAUGUAGCAAUGCUAAAGAGUAACAAUUUGGGGAUAAGGAGCAGGGGACAUUAAGGGAGUGGUGAAGACCCAAAUGUUGAACCAAUUAUGUUUUGUUGUUAUUGUUGUUAGCUGUUAAAUACUUAAUGGUUUAUAAAGUGAACUAGCUGGCUUAAUGCAGCCAACGUUCUGGGCAGGCAGAACAUAUUCAUUCUUACUGUAAAUUCUACUUGCUGCUUCCAAAGGUAAUGAUUUUCAAGCAGACAUACUCUGUAUGGUCUGUAUUUUAGGAUCUGGUGCCCGACCUAUGUCAGAGCUUACCUACCUGGCUUAGCUGUCUACCCUUCAUGUGGUAAAAUGUAAUUCACUGUUUAACAAGGUUCACCCUCUCUACCUUGCUCUAGCAACUUUUUGUGGAUGUGCUGUAAGAUUUUCUUGCUCAAUAGCAAGGUGAUAUCUCUGCUUUCAUUUUCAGAAAGUGGAGGCUGAAGGCAUUGUGUCAGUACUGCUUCAACUCCAAGAAUUUUUCCUUAUAAAGUUAAAGGAAAGGUCUUGUUAUUGAUUAACCAUUUUCUUAUGCCUUGCUAUUGACAUAUUCAUGCUCUUUCUAUGUUUGGUGGCUGAAAAUGUUUGCAUUUGUUCAUUUGACUAAUGAUGUGUUUUUUGUUUCUAUAUUAUUAAACUUGUAAUGUUUUAAGAUGUAUUUUAUUAAAUUUGGACUGGAUGUACGUCUCUAGCAAUACGAGGUACUUUCUAAACUAUUAAGGGAGGGGUUGUAUCCCCAUGUUGAUAUAAGAUGAUGGUUGUUUAAAUUUUGCAACUUUUUUGGGGGCAGGGAUAUUUUGUGUUCAUGUGUCCAAAAAAGGAAUAAAUUGGCAUUCUUGUGCCAAAAGUUGUUUUUCUUGUUAAUUGUCUAAUAAAUAUGGUGUACACUGUAAUGACAACACACAUGUCCUUAAUUGACAAAGAAGAACAGUGGGAAACCUGUGUUUUUAGAUCCCAGGUCUCCCUAUUUUUCGAAGUUGUUAUUUGGUAUACAAUUAUUAUGUGUCAAUUAAAACUAAAAACUUUU